AUGCCCUCGCCGCCGCCCGCCCUGCCCUGGCUCCUGGCCGCCUGCUGCCUCUGCGCCCUCCCGCGGGGCUCAGGGUUCCCGCAGCCUUUCUCGCGCCACCGGGACGGUGUGGAGCUGCCCCCAAACCAGCAACUGGCUCUGUGUUUCAGUCAGUGGAUGGAAAUGUCCGAUCAACCUCAGAUCUCCAGCACUGUUUUGGAUCUCUGUUAUUCCAUAUUCAACAGCAUGCGUAAAAAUGAGGAAUCACAGACUGCUUCUGCAAAGUUUACAAAGAAGGACAGUCAUGGAACUCUGGGGCGGCCUUUCUUCCUUUUCAGGCCUCGAAAUGGAAGAACUGUUGAAGGCAGUGAAUAUCGUGGAAUGUGAAGUUCAUGGAUUCAUUUACCAGCUCGAUGACUUGGUUUACAUAAAGGAAAGAGAUUUCCCAUUGCACU